GCAUCCAGAAGGCUCAGCAGGGAGAGCUCGUCUUCGCGGCCCGGCAGCAGCAGCUCCCCCAGACCCUGCCGGAGCCCAGCUCGGAGCAGCCCUGCUGUUAGCCAUGAACGCCUCGUGCUGCCCGCUCCCCGCUCAGCCCACGCUGCCCAACAGCUCGGAGCCCCCCGGAGCCCCUUCCUUCAGCAACCAGAGCAGCAGCGCGUUCUGCGAGCAGGUCUUCAUCAAGCCAGAGGUCUUCCUGGCUCUGGGCCUCGUCAGCCUGCUGGAGAACGUCCUGGUCAUCCUGGCCGUGGUCAGGAACGGCAACCUGCACUCCCCCAUGUACUUCUUCCUCUGCAGCCUGGCGGUGGCCGACAUGCUGGUGAGCGUGUCCAACGCCCUGGAGACCAUCAUGAUCGCCGUGGUGCACAGCGAUUACCUGAGCCUGGAGGACCAGUUCAUCCAGCACAUGGACAACGUCUUCGACUCCAUGAUCUGCAUCUCCCUGGUGGCCUCCAUCUGCAACCUGCUGGCCAUCGCGGUGGACAGGUACGUCACCAUCUUCUACGCGCUGCGCUACCACAGCAUCAUGACGGCCAGGAAGGCGCUCACGCUCAUAGCCGCCAUCUGGCUCUGCUGCGGGGUCUGCGGCGUGGUGUUCAUCGUCUACUCCGAGAGCAAGAUGGUCAUCGUGUGCCUCAUCACCAUGUUCUUCGCCAUGCUGCUGCUCAUGGGCACCCUCUAUGUGCACAUGUUUCUGUUCGCUCGGCUGCACGUGCAGCGCAUCGCGGCUCUGCCCCCCGCGGACGCGGCGGCCCCGCAGCAGCACUCGUGCCUGAAGGGGGCCGUCACCAUCACCAUCCUGCUGGGGGUCUUCGUCUGCUGCUGGGCCCCCUUCUUCCUGCACCUGGUCCUCAUCAUCACCUGCCCCACCAACCCCUACUGCGUCUGCUACGCCGCCCACUUCAACACCUAUCUGGUGCUCAUCAUGUGUAACUCGGUCAUCGACCCACUCAUCUACGCCUUCCGGAGCCUGGAGCUGCGGAACACGUUCAGGGAGAUUCUCUGCGGCUGCAGCGGCGUGAGCCUGGGCUAG